AUGAAAGACAAAGCACAGCUUACACGACUUGCGGUUGUGCUCCCAGACAAGUGCAAGCCUAAAUUAUGCCAACUUGAGUGUAAAAAGGCCUGUCCCAUUAAUAGGCAAGGAAAGCCUUGCAUAACAGCAGACAAAACUUCUGUUAAUUCGGUUAUUUCUGAGAUUUUAUGUAUUGGGUGUGGUGCGUGCCAGAAAAAGUGUCCAUUUGAUGCUAUACGUAUAAUUAACCUUCCUACAAGUUUGUCAAAGGAUGUGGUGCAUCGGUACUCUCCGAAUGGGUUUAAACUGCACCGACUGCCUGUGCCCAAGCCAAACAAAGUACUUGGUCUAAUAGGGACUAACGGAAUAGGAAAGAGUACAGCACUUGGAAUCCUUUCAGGAGAAACUGUGCCAAAUCUAAACGACUUUAACAGCACCCCAGACUGGAACAAGGUUCUGGUCAAAUACAGAGGAUCUGAGCUGCACAAGUACUUUACGCGUCUUUUGAAUGAAAACAUGCAAAUAUCGUACAAGACACAGUAUGUGGACAAGAUACCCAAGGAAUUUAAGAAUAAGAAGGUAAAAGAAGUACUUCCGAUGGACAGUCCCCGAGCUGAAAUGCUAUACAAAGAAUUAGAGCUAGUGAAGCUUAGCGAAAGACUUAUAGAAGAUCUGAGUGGUGGUGAGCUGCAGAGAUUUGCAAUUGCAAUGACAAUGUUCAAGGAUGCAGAGGUGUAUAUUUUUGACGAGCCAUCCUCAUAUUUGGAUGUGCGCCAGCGAAUAAAGGUUGCUGGUAUGAUUAAGAAGCUCUGCUCAGACAGAAAGUAUGUUGUUGUGGUAGAGCACGAUUUAUCCAUUCUCGACCUGAUGAGUGAUUAUGGGUGUGUACUAUACGGGUCUCCAGGUGCAUACGGUGUUAUAUCUCAGCCAUUUUCAAUUCGGGAGGCUAUAAACAUCUUUUUAAACGGAAUGCUGCCAACGGAAAACAUGCGAUUUAGAACUGAGAGCUUGAACUUUAGAAUAGCAGAGAGCGCAGUAAAUAUAGAAGAGAAUGAUUCAAACAGUCUUGGUACUGUAAAAUAUCCAUCUUUUACUAAGAGCUGGAAGGAUGGAUUCAAACUAAAUGCGCAGGAGGGUGCCUUUGGCUCGCCAGAGAUAAUUGUGCUCCUUGGAGAGAAUGGGAUGGGGAAGACCACCUUUAUAAAAAUGCUUUCUGGUGAAUUAGCAUCAGAUAAUGGAAAUGAAACACCAAAGCUAACCAUCAGUGUCAAGCCACAAAAGCUUUCUCCUAAGUAUGCAGAUACAGUUCGGAACCUUUUCCUCAUUAAGGCCAAACAUGCUCUUGUAGAUUCACUGUUCACAAUUGAGGUUAUGAAUCCACUGGAUAUAAAGUCGCUUUUUGAAAAGAAAGUUAGAGAGCUAAGUGGAGGAGAAUUGCAAAGAGUCGCCAUUGCACUUUGUUUGUCAAAGCCAGCAGAUCUGUAUCUGAUAGAUGAGCCUUCCGCAUAUCUUGACUCAGACCAGAGAAUUAUCGUAUCAAAGGUGCUCAAGAGGUUUAUUACCAGCCAGAAGCGGUCUGCAUUUAUCGUUGAGCAUGACAUGAUUAUGGCAACAUACGUUGCAGAUCGAAUGAUGGUAUUUGAAGGUGUGCCAGGAGUUGAGUGCACAGUGAGUGCCCCGUGUGGUGUAAUUGACAGUAUGAACAAGUUCUUAAAGUCUCUGGAUGUUACAUUUAGAAGAGAUGCAGAGAACUUCAGACCAAGAAUUAACACACCAAACUCUGCAAAGGAUAGAGAACAAAAAGAAAGUGGAAAUUAUUUCUUCAAUAAUGAAUAAAUAGUUCUGUGAAGUAUGCCA